GAGUGUGGAGGCAGGGCUUCCAGACUGAGGUUCGCGCACUGCGAGCCAAGCGAGAGUUCUCGGGAGUAAAUGCAUGGUUAUGUGUCAUAUCUCUGCGGUCGUCUAGCGCUCGAGCGCAUUGCUCGGUGACUUCUCGUCAGAUCUGUGAAAGUGUCCGACGUUUCUCUGGCAUUAUUUCCGCCAGGGGAUUGAAAAGCGGCCAAAACUAAACGGGCUCAUCGCAGGCAAGAUGGGUGCUGGAGACGGGUUUCGUGCCCCGGCGGCGGUGAUCUCUGCUGGGCUACUGAGUGUGCUGGGCCUCUCGUGGUUCUGGAGCUUGCUGGCUCUUUUAGGAGUUUAUUUAUGUUCUGGAGGAUGGAGGUUUCUCUAUGUGGCUGCAUGCACCAUCAAGAGAGACCUUGUUGGUCUGUGCAUACUGUUGCGUGUGAAAUUCUUCAUGCAUCAUUACAUUCGUACGCGCAGCACCGUCCCGUCCAUAUUCGCCCAGCGCGUGGCGCUCCACCCGGACAAAGCGGCUCUGGUGGAGGAGUCCACGGGCGAGGUGUGGAGCUUCUCUGAGCUGGACCGGCGCUCGAACACGGUGGCGCAGUGGGCCGUGGCGCAGGGCUGGAGGUCUGGAGACGUGGUGGCCGUCUUCAUGGAGAGCCGGCCGCUCAUGGUCGUGCUGUGGCUCGGUCUGGCUAAAGUGGGCGUGGAGCCGGCGCUCAUCAAUUUUAACCUGCGACGCGAUUCGCUGAUGCACUGCAUGGGCGUGUCUGGAGCGCGAGGGAUGGUGUUCGGGGCGGAGCUUCUGGACGCGGUGUUGGAGGUGAAGGAGUCUCUCAGCUCUCUUUCUCUCUUCUGUACCGGUUCAUCUCCGGCCGAGUCUCUGGAUUCGCUGUCGGCUCAGAAUCUGGAUGAUCUGCUGGCUUCAUCUCCUGACACGCCGCCCGCCGUCACACACAGCAAGGGCUUCAACGACAGGUUAUUUUACAUCUACACCUCAGGAACGACGGGUUUACCUAAAGCUGCCAUCAUAGUUCACAGCAGGUACUAUCGCAUCGCUGCGUUUGGAUAUUACUCCUUCGGUCUGGGGCCAGAUGAUGUGGUUUACUGCUGCCUGCCGCUCUAUCACUCCGCAGGUAACAUCGUGGGUGUGGGUCAGUGUAUGCUGCACGGUCUGACGGUGGUGAUCCGCAGAAAGUUCUCCGCUAGCCGUUUCUGGGACGACUGUGUGAAAUACAACUGCACGGUGGUCCAGUACAUCGGUGAAAUCUGUCGAUAUCUAUUAUCUCAGCCGGUCCGUCCAUCCGAGUCUCGUCACCAGGUGCGUGUUGCCAUGGGCAACGGUCUGCGGCCCAACGUCUGGGAAGAUUUUAUGAAACGUUUCAACAUCAAGCGCAUCGGUGAGUUUUACGGAGCCACUGAGUGCAACUGCAGCCUCGCUAACAUGGACAACAAGGUGGGGGCGUGUGGCUUCAACAGUGUGAUUCUGCCCAGUGUUUAUCCCAUCAGACUGCUGAGAGCAGACGAGGACUCAAUGGAGUUAAUACGGGACAGUCGAGGACUGUGUGUCCCAUGCAAACCAGGAGAACCAGGGAUUAUCGUUGGCCGAAUCAAUCCACAUGAUCCGUUACGUCGUUUUGAUGGCUACGCGAAUCAAGAGGCCACCAAUAAAAAGAUCUCUCACAAUGUCUUCAAACAGGGAGACUCUGCGUAUGUGUCAGGUGAUUUGAUGGUGAUGGAUGAGCUGGGUUACGUGUAUUUCCGGGACCGAGGCGGAGACACGUUCCGCUGGCGGGGGGAGAACGUCUCCACCACAGAAGUGGAAGGAAUCCUGAGCGCUCUGCUGAAUCAGACGGAUGUGGCCGUCUACGGCGUCUCAGUGCCAGGUGUGGAGGGGAAGGCAGGAAUGGCUGCCAUAGUGGACGUGACGAAUGACUUCAACUGUGAGACGUUUCUACGAGAUGUGCAGAACGCUCUUCCCUCAUACGCUCGCCCCGUCUUCUUACGACUUUCACCCGAGGUCGACAAAACAGGCACAUUUAAAAUCCAAAAGACUCGUUUACAGAAGGAGGGAUUCGACCCACGGCAAACCAGCGACCGGCUUUACUUUCUCCACAGCCGUCUGGCGCGAUACGAGAGUCUGACGGAGGAGCUCUACAGCGCCAUCAUGCAGGGAAAAUUAUCACUAUAAGAAAAAGAGAGCCUUUAUUGUGUACAUUUCAUAGUGGGGCACUGAUACACAUUAUUUUACAAAAUCAUCUAAAUAACUGGGCUGCAAUCAAGCUCAUACUUCUCACACUGUUGAGUUAGAACUUGAAACUACUAGUUAAGCCUUUUACAUUGAUGGUAGAAAAAGUAUUAUCUUUACAAGCUUCGGAUAUGUUAGAGAUUUCUAAUUAGAAGAAAUUGAGUCAUUUUAGUAGUUGAACUAAACAUAAAGGUGCUUUACAUGACUUUCUUUUCUUAAUACAGUGCAUAAAAUGUCUCUACUGCCUGAUGGAUAUCACUGAAAUAGGUUUUAUGAGGUAAAUGCGCUACUGUAAAGGACAAUAAAUGAGUCAGGGUAUCAGUGUGUGAUUAUCUAGUCGGUCAGAAGACUGGUUAAACAGUUGUGCUCUCGGUCUGUUUUGGGGUUUGCUGGUUUUGGAGAGGUUUUCACAUUCAGCUGGCUUUGAGAACAGACAGAUUUCUCCAGGUGUUAUUGGCUUACAGCACUUUUAAUGUGGUCAACACUGUGAUAUUGAGACGUCUCUAUGAUUUCAGUCUUUAUAUAUUCAAUUCAGACAGGUAAUAGUAAUAGUAUUACACAUGAACAGUAUGCAAAACAUCUCAAAUCACACACAUUACACUUUACAAUUUCAAUGUUAAAAGCAAUGACUUCUGAGAAACUUAGUUUUUUAGUAAAAUUAAGUGUAUUGAAUCAAAAUGUUUUGAUGUGACAUAAUCAUUAACCAUUAGCAAAUCAGAUUGAUGUUUUGGCUAUUUUCCCUUCACUUGAAUGCAGUUUUCUUAACAAUUUUAAUAAAUUGAACAUAACAAUUGUACACC